AUGACUUUGAACCCUGAUUUCAAUUUUCAUCCAAGAUGUUCAAAGUUAGGUAUUACUCAUAUGAUGUAUGCUGAUGACUUGCUUCUUUUAUCUAGAGCUAAUAUUAUUUCUAUUCAGUUGGUUUUUCAAGCUUUUCAGAAGUUUUCUUCUGCUGCUAACUUGGAUAAAAGUGAUGUGUAUUUUGGGGGAAUUAGUAAGCAGGUUCAAACUGAUCUUCGGUCUGUGUUGGGGGUUGCUAAAUGUUCUUUUCCUUUCAAGUAUCUAGAUGUGCCUCUUUCUUCUAAAAAGGUUACUAUCUCCCACUGUAGGCCUUUGGUUGAGAUAGUGACUGCUAGAAUUAAGGAAUGGGCUACUAGGCACCUCUCUUAUGAUGGCAGGCUUCAGUUGAACAAAAGUGUCCUUUUUGCAUUUGGAAUAGAAUUUUGCAGCUUCAUGGUUAUUGCAGAGUUAAGCAAAGAUUCUCUUCUGAAGUGCAAUGGAUUCUACAGCAUAUCAGAAGAUCUACUGUUAGAGGCAGACUGUUGUUAA